UGUCCUGGCGACUCACCCAGCGGACUCACUGAGCGACGCGGGCGGGCUAUGACCCCAGGGGCGCUGCUUCUGUUCCUGCUGGGGGUGCUGGGGGCGCAUCUCGCCCCGGGCGCCCGCGGCUCGGAGGCGGAGGGCCGACUCCGCGAGAAACUUUUCUCAGGCUAUGAUAGCACGGUGCGGCCGGCGCGGGAGGUGGGAGACCGUGUCUGGGUCAGCAUUGGUCUCACCCUAGCGCAACUCAUCAGCCUGAACGAGAAGGAUGAGGAGAUGAGCACAAAAGUCUACUUGGACCUGGAAUGGACUGACUACAGGCUCAGCUGGGACCCUGAGGAACACGAGGGCAUCGAUUCACUCCGCAUCUCAGCAGAAUCCGUGUGGCUACCCGACGUGGUGCUCCUAAACAAUAACGAUGGAAAUUUUGAUGUUGCUCUGGACAUCAGCGUCGUGGUGUCCUCCGAUGGCUCCAUGCGCUGGCAGCCCCCAGGCAUCUAUCGCAGCAGUUGUAGCAUCCAGGUCACCUACUUCCCCUUUGACUGGCAGAACUGCACCAUGGUGUUCAGUUCCUAUAGCUAUGACAGCUCAGAGGUCAGCCUGCAAACUGGCUUGAGUCCUGAGGGGCAGGAGCGGCAGGAAGUGUAUAUUCAUGAAGGGACCUUUAUUGAGAAUGGCCAAUGGGAGAUUAUCCACAAGCCUUCUCGGCUAAUUCAGCCUCCAGUGGAUCCUAGGGGAGGCGGCGAAGGACGACGUGAAGAAGUCACCUUCUACCUCAUCAUUCGCCGGAAGCCUCUCUUUUACCUGGUCAACGUCAUUGCCCCAUGCAUCCUCAUCACUCUCCUGGCCAUCUUUGUCUUCUACCUGCCACCGGAUGCAGGAGAGAAGAUGGGGCUCUCCAUCUUUGCCCUGUUGACCCUCACUGUGUUCCUGCUGCUGCUGGCAGACAAAGUACCUGAGACCUCCCUGUCUGUCCCCAUCAUUAUCAAGUACCUCAUGUUCACCAUGGUCCUCGUCACCUUCUCAGUCAUCCUCAGUGUUGUGGUCCUCAACCUGCAUCAUCGCUCACCCCACACCCACCAAAUGCCCCUUUGGGUUCGUCAGCUUCAACCUUCCCUUUCACAGACCCGAGGGAGACUACAACUUCAACUCCUGAUCUUUAUCCACAAACUCCCUCUGUACCUGGGUCUGAAGAGGCCCAAACCUGAGAGAGACCAGAUGCUGGAGCCACCUUCCAUAGCUCUCAGGGAUUCUCCAGGAAGUGGCUGGGGUCGGGGAACAGAUGAAUAUUUCAUCCGCAAGCCACCAAAUGAUUUUCUCUUCCCCAAACCCAACAGGUUCCAGCCUGAACUGUCUGCUCCAGACCUGCGGCGAUUUAUCGAUGGUCCAAACCGGGCUGUGGGUCUCUCUCCUGAGCUACGGGAGGUCGUUUCUUCGAUCAGCUACAUCGCUCGACAGCUGCAGGAACAGGAAGACCAUGACGCGCUGAAGGAGGACUGGCAAUUUGUGGCCAUGGUAGUGGACCGCCUCUUCCUAUGGACCUUCAUCAUCUUCACAAGCGUUGGGACCCUCGUCAUCUUUCUGGAUGCCACGUACCACUUGCCCCCCGCCGACCCUUUUCCUUGAGGCUGGAAGGUGGAGAUCCAGAUCCUUGGCCAAGUGAAUUGAGAGUUUAGCAGGGCUCUCAAGCCCUAUACCUUUCUGCAUCUUAACUCCAUCACUAGGAGUCCAGUUCUCUCAUUUCGUUUCUAAGGAGGGAGCCUAAAUGGGACUAGGCAUUUGGGGGACUUGGGCCCACCUGAAAUGCACUAACCGUUUAUUAUUCUUUGGCUUCUUGAGGAAGCUCUAUUGGAUGUUAACACCUAUGCUGGCAAUGAAUGGAACAAACAACAAGAACUAGACUUGUAUGCCUUCUAAAGGCAGGAACUCUGUCUUGUUCACUGUAAUAUCCCAGGCACCUAGCACAGAUCCUAACCUAUAUAGCAGUUACCUCUGGUUGAAUUAAUAGGGAAUUUUUUUUUUCUGUGAGGAAAUACACUAAGUAGUAGUGUUGAUGUUUGCGUGUUGGGACUAGUGGUCAUUUUUUGUUUUUGCCUUUCUGCAGUUUAUCAUAUUUGUAAUAUGUAAUAUCUUUAGGAUUAAAAAAGAAAAGGUUAUUUCUAAAAAGAUGCAUUUGUAAUGAGGAUAAAAAGCACACUUUUAAAACUUCAAGUGCCAGCUUUGGUGCUCAAACUUUGGGCAAGCUACUAAAUUGCUCUGUGCCUCAGUUUCCCCAUCUGUAAAAUGAAGCUAAUAUUAACAGUAUUUAGAAUCUGCUCCCUAGACUGAGCAUCAUAUAAGAAGAGAACAAAAACAUUAUACAAUAUACAUCAGAGUUACACACUGAUAUGUUUUGUUUGGCUCAUGUUGUUGGCCAAAAUUUAAAAUCUGGUUUGCUACUUUUAAAAUGUAAAACAAAAAAUGACUCUCCUUUGGGGUUGGCCUGCCUUCACGCCUCGAGUGUACUAUCCUUUGUUGACUGAAUAAAACUCUGAGCUGUAAAAAAAUUAUAAAUAAAUAAAAAUGUGGAUAUUUCACAGAGAAAUUUGGAUUUCUGGCUUCUCUUGAUAAUUUUUUAAGGUCUACAGUAACACCAGAUCUGAUUCCCCUGUUGGCAGCAACCUGCUAGAACUGAUUUGUGGCUGCCCACUUUGGUCAAGGUAUCUGUAUCAGAAUUCCUCAAAGCCCCCACCCACCUAGCCAUUCCUUUACCUUGCUCAUUCCUGAGUUACUCUAGACAAAAUACAGGGGAAGGACAGGGGAUGAGGAGUUGAAGCUCAUGGGAGGCCAGGAGUGGAACAAGAAGUGUCACUUAUGGCCGUCACACAUUUUGUGCCUCAGUUUCCUUUCAGUUUGGAGAAAAGGCUGUACCUGGUUGGAGGCAUGGCCCUUCUGGGACAUGAAGAUCAUGUGCCCAGUAGGCUGUGUGAACUGGACUGUGUUAAUGUUUCUGCCUGGAGGUCAGAGCAAAGUCAGUUUGAGCCUAGUGGCUGCAGCAAUUACAGUGAAGUACCUAGGGUCAACAGGCGCUCACACCUACUCAGUUGCUGGAAGUCCUAAAGAGGGAAAACAGGGCUAACCUCGUAGGGAUCCCUGUGAGAUGAGGUUAGCGUGUCCCUGUCCAGCCAGACCCACCAGCCACGCCAAUAAUUGCACCUGGCAUCCCACUGCAGAGCACAAUUCAUUUGUCUUGUUGGUUUAUUGGCCUAGAGAGUUGGACACACACACAAAUGCGGAGAUAAAUAUUGGUCAGUUUCUCUAAAUCUGGGUCCUCACUACAUAUAGAGCUAGAGUCUGUAGAAUUCUAAAUCUUGCGUGCUGUGGCACAGAACCAGUGGCCUUCCCACUCCACCGUCACCCUUCUUCCCAGGGAACAUGGGGAAAGAGGGCACAAACUGACAAGACUUGAUAAUUUUCAAAAGACGAAAUUGCAAAAUCCCAAAUUUCCAACAUCUGAAAUUCACAAUGUUCAAGUUCCCCAGCUCAGAUACAUGUAUUUUAAUCUCCAUUUCACCACAAUCUCCUUUGUUGCCCAGAACCACCAAAUUCUGGAAACUAUUUUCCUAAAUCAGAUUUUAAAAAACCAAGCAAAAUAAAUGUCUACAGUCUCAGUUCUCCCAAAAUGUCCAUGGUUUUAGAAUUUUGACCUGUUGUGAAAUUCAAUUCCCUGGUCCAUCCUCAACCCCUUCCAUCUCCUGUGCCGUUCUGCCUCAGAGGAGUGCAGGUUAAGGAUACAGGGGCACUGUUGUCGCACCCGCCCCCUGCCUCCAAGGCCUUCCUCAGUCUCUCCUGUGGUUCCGCUGUGUAUAUAUAUAUAUAUUUAUAUAUAUAAUUUGUGUGUAGAUAUAUAUAUGUAUUCUUUAUUAUGUACUUUUUUUUUUCGCAGUUUUUCUAAAGUGCCAGAAACAAGAUUUGUGGGAAUUUUUAGUGAUUUUUUUUUUUUUUUUGCAUUUUUCCCUGUUUUAAUCUUUUCUCCCCCUUAAAAAUUGGAACUCAGUACAUUCAGUAGGAAACUCUUCACUCGGACUGCGGCCAAGA